AUGCCAUGGAUUCAAAAAUCCCCACAGAGUCUUGUUUAUGAAUGGAUUGUGACGAAGUUCACGUUUCACCAACGAUGUGAUUUCAAUCGGUCAAAGUUGUAUAUUCUACGUAUUCUCUUUCUCCCCAAAUCAGCCUAUCUGAUUCAAACACAGAACAUCUGUGCCUUUUCAGUUUUCCAAAAAAAACCUAUCUCAUUCAAAUUUCAAAUUCAUGAUUUCCCUGCACCUUAUUUCCUUUUUCCUUUCAGCCAAGAAACCCUAAAUUUGUUUUUAUUCGUUUACAUAUUCAAGUUCAACAACGCAUCACCAUUCCAUCUCUCCUUCUUUCCAGUAUUCUCCUCUCAUUUCCUUUCCGAGUCAAGUUUGUUUUGUUUAUCAGCGAUGGUGUUUUAUCGGAGCGUUUCGCUUCUUUCGAAGCUAAGAAAUCGUGUUCGGAAGACGGUGGACCAGUGGGCUUCUUCAAGAUUGGCUCAUACAAUGGAGAUAGUAUGAUUUUGGUCCUGGCACUGCUGGUACUGCUAAUGUGUAUUACAAGUUACAAACAAAUCAUGGCACUGUCAAUGAAGGUGAGGCCCAAGUGAUUACACUUCAGUUGUGGAUUUAUUCAACAUAUAAUAAGUUUGAGAAGUGUAUUGAACAAAUACAAUUUUAAGUUUAUAUUAUUAAUAUUGAAUUUAUUUUCA